AAACAUUAUUUGACAGAUUAUUUAAUUUAAAAAAAAAAAUCAAUUCCAAAAUUUCUGUGCAACUAUUUUAAUUGAAAUGUUUUAAAAUUUGUAGUUAAAAUGUUAUUUUUACAAUCAAAAUUAUGCUCAUUAUGCAGAUCAAGUCUCUCAAGAAAGUAUUGUUCAGAAGUGACCCAAAACAAAGUAAAAGCGUGCGAAUCUCAAAAUAGGAAGGCUCUAGGUCAACCGGCCCCUCACACACAUCCACAUUUGCUAGGGGAAAAUGAGGUCACCCCCUUAAUCAAAAAGGAAGAGUAUCAAAGCAGGAGGCAAAAACUAGUUGAAACUAUAGUUGAGCAUGCAAACAAACAAAACUGCCUGUCAUCAGAUCAUGUGAUCAUUAUCCCAUCUACAUCGAAACAGUACAUGUCUGACAAAAUACCAUAUGUGUUCCGCCAAAAUACAGACUAUUUAUAUUUGACUGGUAGCCAAGAACCUGAUACUUGUGUUGUCAUCACAACUGGGCAAAGUCCAAGUGAUCACAAGUCAACAUUGUUUACAAGAGACAAAGACGACCAUGCAGAACUCUGGGAUGGACCCAGGACACAUCCAGAAGACGCUCCUGCAUUUUUUGGUGUCGACCAUAGCUUGCCGAUAAGCGAAUUGUCCAAAUUUUUAGGUUCCUAUAGAAAAACGGUACCAAGUUCCAAUUUAUGGUAUGACUUUGAAGGUUCUUCUCAUAAAGAUAUCCACAGGGUAGUCUGCGAUUACAUAAAAGAUUCAUCAAAUAAAAAAUUUGAAUCGCCCAGAAAUUUUAUACACAAAUUGAGGCUCUAUAAAAGUACUGCUGAAAUAGCUUUGAUGCAAAAAUCCUGUGAUAUAGCUUCCCGGGCUAUUGUUGAAACAAUGAGUUACUCUAGACCCGGAAUUGGUGAAAAUCAACUUUUUGCUAAAGUAGAUUUUGAAUGCAGGGCAAGGGGUGCGGAGUUUUUAGCUUAUCCACCAGUUGUAGCUGGAGGCAAUAGAGCUACUACCAUCCAUUAUAUUAAUAAUAAUCAGUUGGUGUAUACUAAUGAAAUGGUGCUUAUGGAUGCAGGUUGUGAAUAUCAUGGUUAUGCCAGUGAUAUCACAAGAACCUGGCCAGUGAAUGGAAAAUUUACGGACCCUCAAAGAGAAAUUUACGAAAUAGUUCUAGAAGUUCAAAGGGAACUAAUUGCAUUAUGCAAUCAGUUGCCCAGUUUGGAUGCACUUUUUGAAUGUAUGUGCCUGUUGCUUGGAAAGAAAUUGCAAGAGGCUGGCCUGAUUAAGACACAACCAUCCAAUACUUACUUAAUGAAGGCUGCCUAUAAACUAUGUCCUCACCACGUCUCGCAUUAUUUAGGAAUGGAUGUCCAUGAUACACCUUCCAUAAAUCGCAAUAUAAAAAUUGAACCAGGCAUGGUCAUAACUGUAGAACCAGGUAUUUAUGUUAGUGAAAAAUCCAGUCUUCCAAAGGAAUACCACGGUAUUGGCGUUCGGAUAGAAGAUGAUGUACUGAUUACUGUAAAUGGUCCUGUGGUGUUGAGCAGGAAAUGUCCGAAGGAAAUUGACGAAAUUGAAGAAAUAGCCAACUGUGAAAAUACUACAAAAAGCUAAUUUUUUUUCCUAUAAGGAUAAAAUAGGGUAUUCAUCAUUUAGGUAAAAAAAUAGGACCUAAACCUGGAACAUAGCUGUGAGCAUCACAUUUACCAGUCCAUCUCUGCUGUUUUGCUAGGGUCUCCUCCAGGAUAUUCGCCUGUGAGGCAAGCUGUGCAGUGUCCCAAUUUUGAAGUGCUUUUGCUCUUAAUAUCGGAUCUUACUGCUUUGAUUAAGCCUUCGACGCUUAGGUAUUCCAAGCUAUCCGCAC